CACAAAGCUCACAGCAAGUUUCUCCCGCAAAGCUCUCAGAUCCUGCCGGAAUAGACAAAAAACGUCGGAUGCAGCUCAUGGCUCAAUGACGGGUUUUUCACAAAGCAAUUCAUACGACUACAUGGUCUGCAUAUCCAAAUCCGGAAUCAAUUGGAUGGAAAUAAGGAAGUCGUUCAACGGCAGGCGCAUCACGAUUCACAACCUUGGAACCCGCGCUAGAUCUCCGACUAGAAGAUGGCGGCGCAGGUACCGAGCAUGCUAAAGCCCUUGGCUUCAGGCCAACGCUACUGGAGGAGCUUAUUGCAGCGUGGAUUGCCCGCUAGCUGGGUCUACAGAGAGCUUUCAUUCGCCUGACCUCGCAUAGGUGGCCGCUAGAUGGGCAGUCUAGCUCCCACCAACUACACCAAGGUCUAGCUGGGAGCUAGUCCGGAUGGCAACUGCUUAUUCUAACGGUACCAAAAGAAAGAGCAGGCAGUCAUCUCGAAAAGCUUCAGUAAAUUCGCCGGUGACGGCGACAUCAGGCAUGCAGGUUAACUGCUGCCCUUUAAUAAGUAUGUAGAUACCAGACCGAACUCAUUUACACCCGAGGAGACAUUUGCCUGCAGUCGGGGUUGUGUUCUGCUAUUCGUAACUCCGAAAACAUUAUAGCCUUAUUGCAACCCUGACCCCGCGUGCAACUUAUUCCCUACCGACUGGGAAAAUACCCACUUCUUCAUUCUAGUCCUUUCCAUUCUCCUUUCCGUUCAGCACUUGAACAGUACUUGGGAUCAUCUGAUGGUACAUGCUCCCUGUCGUGAGAAGUGACGACUUGACCAAUCGUUGUUCUGUUUGGACCAUGAGAACAGUGAACCAUGACUAGGGCAAUUCUCAUCGAAAACAUCCUAUCGGCUACCUCUUGUUGUGGUCGUGAUCCUCGUAUAUUGAUGCGGCACGCUGCCAGCUGCCUUAUGACAUCAAUUGCCCUGAAGUAAUUGUUAAUAUUGGCCCUAGGCCACCUCAACAAUCC